CUUGCUCUAACAAUGAGUAGCUUCUUCACCAUCGCUCCUGCCCUUAAUUCUAGUAUGUUACGUACUAUUGGCGGGCAACUUGUCCGUGCUGGAGAAUAUCCGUAUAUGGUUUCCUUGCAAGUCAAUCCUAGAAAUUAUUGUGGUGGCACAUUAAUCUCAAAGACCAUGGUAGUAACAGCUGCUCACUGCACUGAUAGACAAAACACAAAUACGAUAAAAGUUGUUGUGGGCACCGUUGAUUUAAGUUCUGAUGACGGACAAAGAUUAGAUAUUAAAAGAAUUAUCGUUCAUCAAGAAUACGUCGCUCCGAGCAAGAAUUACGACAUUGCCUUGCUCCAGUUGACCGAGGCAGUUGAAUUCAAUGAGAAUGUGCGCAGUAUUGCAUUGCCCGAUGAACACGUCUUCUACUUGCCCAACACAAUAGGGACCACCUGUGGAUUCGGUUUCAUCAAUGAGUAUAAACAGAGAACAACGCGACUAAGAUGUGUCAGAGUUCAGUUAUGGGGCCCCGAAUAUUGUAAUGGUGACAAUAUUCCAAGGGUAACGGAAAACAUGAUUUGUGCAGGACUUCCAAGCGGACAGCAAGGAUCAUGCCCAGGCGACUCCGGUGGCCCCUUCGUCAUUGAUAACAAACUCGUCGGUAUUGUAUCGUGGGGGUUUGGUUGUGGCGCAGUCCAUCGUCCUACUGUAUAUACAAAUGUGCCACGCUUACGUAAGUGGAUAGAUCACUAUCUUACUACCUAAAUUACAAAGUAUUAUCAAUUGGCUGUUGGCAUAAAUUCGAAAAUUAUUGUAACAUUAUGUAUUGAAAUUUAGACAAUCUAAAUUUAUAAAAAUGCAAUGGAACAGGGAAGAAAAUAAAUUUGUU